CACAUGUUACAUUGGUGAUAGGACUGUCCAGGAACAAUGGUUGCUCUAAUCAGAAACUCAGUUAUUUUGUGCUUUGUAGUCAAUGGGGGUUCUGCUCUCUGGGAGGAGAUAGCGGGACCAUAUGACCUCAACUUCCACCAUGUAUCUCAUUGUGAUAAGAAAGGUAAAAUAGACGCUCUCAUCCCAAUGAAAGUGAGUAAAUUGAAUCGAACACAUUUUGUAUACAGUGGGCGUAUAGAUUUAGGAGCGGACGCAGAUGAUAACUUGAAGACAACUGGAAAAGGAACAGAAAAUUCGAGGUUAUGGGGAAUUCUAUGGAAAGCUCUCAGUCUAGAAGUGCCUGUAACAUAUGAAUUGGAAGACCAUAGAGGUGAAGCCAUUCAAGGAGGGUUCUACUCUGAAGAAAUUGUGAAGACAAAAGUGCCCAGCGUCUUUGAUUAA